GAACACUCUCACACUCAAACUCGAAGGACUUUAGUCCUCUUUUCUGGAGCUUUUUUUUUUCCACUUUUAAGCACAAGAACUGAUGAGAAGUCGUGUGCCGCCUUCUGUUUCAUCCAAUCAUCCGAGUGCAACCCAUGUAGCCAGUCCUGCGGGAAUCCCAGUACCCAGCUCAGUGUCCAGGCACCCAGUGGGAAAGGAUCUUCCUCCUCAUUACCGCCGGCCUCCAUCACAGAGGAUGUAUUCAGUGGCAACACCAGUGAUGAUCAGGAUGGAUCCUCUGUACUCAGUGACUUUGACUGUCCCUGUGUGGAUGUGGGCAGCAGCCUAGAGGACCUGCAGGGUCUCAGUUCCUCCCUCAGGGACUCGGAGUACUUCAAAGACCUGCAGGGAGAAUCACCAGCCUCACAGGCUGCAGUGUCAAAAGACACCUCUGCAUUCCCAGAGAACAACACACAGCAAACUGAGAACUUACAAGAGCCUGUAAACACAAACAGUCAGACCAAAAACCAACCCGCGGCUCUAACCACAGACUUCCUACAGGUCAAUGCAACAUCAUUUCCUUCCUUGGAACAAUUUGCAGAUGAACCUCCCUCUGACUCUGUUACCCAGCUCAGCCUAAAGCCGCUGUCAGGUUGUGUCACUGACGGCGAUGACUUCGCUGCCUCUGCACUCAGCCUCAACUGGACAGUUAAUCUAAAUGGACUGCUGGAAUCCUUGGAAACAGUGAAAGCGGUUGAAGAACUGGACGACGUAAAGGACCAGGGCAAAAUGGAGUUGGAUGGGGAGCCAGACAUGGACAGUUUUCCGAUUUUGGUCAGAUCCAUGUCAACGUCUCGGAGGCACAGCUGGGGGGUUCCUCUGUCGCCCCUCAACUCUGGCAGGAGACUGAGUCUGGACACGGCAGCCAUAGACAGCGAUGAAGAUGGAGACGAUGAUGACGAGCAACAGAGCAGUCUUUUCCAGUCCUCCCAGCAGCAGUCUGACAGCUUCUCAGCAGGACCCGGAGAUGAGCCAGAUGGUUUCAGUUUGAGGGUCACCGGUGGACCAGGCAGGCAGCUCUACUCUCGAUCGGACAUCCUUGCCACCGAUGAAUAUUCCCGAGCAGCACACAUUUCCCGUGUAGUGCAGACCUCCAAACAGGCUGCCAGGGCAGCAGGAGUGGCAGAGGAGUUUGACCCAGAAGAAAACCUGCACUCAUCAGAGGGACAAAGCCAUAUAGCGAAGCAUAGAAACAACAGCAGUCCAGACACCAAGGAUUCAGGAAGUGUCACUUGGUACGAGUUCCUCUCCAAUGCGAAUGAGGAAGAGGAAGACAGAGCAGAGAAGGUUGAGAAAGGAACAAAGGUGAAAAGGACCCUCAGCUCCCUGAGGAGCAGGGUGACGGGCUCCUUCAAUAAAGAUAAGGGUAAGAACCGAGAAAAAGAACUGCAGAGGGACAGAGCGAAGGACAGAGACAGGGAGGUCAAAGAGAAAGUGUGCAGGACCAGCAGCCGCAAUGGGCAUCGUUUAGUGCCAGGCUCCUUCUCCAGCUCCGCCACCUGCUCGCUGUGCAGCAAGAGUCUGCUGAAAAAGCAUGGAAUGCAGUGCAUGAAUUGUGCUGUGAACGUUCACAAGAGCUGCAAGUCUCUGCUGGGUGAGUGCACCAGCAGCAAGAAUAAGAGAGAUUUUCACUCGAGGGGCAGCGGGUCAGCAUCUCCUAGCCUUGCGCUGAAAGACCGGGACAGGGAGAAAGAUCAGGCAGGCAAAGAUUUGGCUCAGGCUGCGGAUGGCCACCGAGGGUUUCCCGGCGUCCCAGGCAUGACCGUUAGCUCGUUUGGAACCAGCACUCAGCCUUCAGCCAGCCUCAGCAGCAGCUUCGCCGCAGCCCCUGCCUGCAGCGUCGGCCCCAGCCUCCGUCACCACAGUAGCUCCGGAUCUCUCCCCGGGGACAUGGAUGAGAUAGAUUCUCUGCGCUCUAAACGCUGCAACGACGACGCCGUUUCUCUCGCACCUUCCAUCGCCGAGUCUAUCAUCGUAGAAGAUGCUCACUAUGCAGCAGUGCGGGCCGACCUGGAGUCUGAUGCUCAGGACUUGGAGGCCGACUCCUGGAGCCUUGCGGUUGAUCAGCAUUAUCUGAAGAAACAUUCAAAAGACUUGGUGAAAAGGCAGGAUGUUAUUUAUGAGCUAAUGCAGACGGAGAUGCACCAUGUGAGAACACUCAAGAUAAUGCUGCGUGUGUACAUCCGAGAGAUGAAGGAGAACCUGCAGAUGGACUCAGGCAGACUGGACUGCCUUUUCCCCCGCCUGGAAAACCUCCUCGACCUUCACACACAUUUCCUGUCAUGUCUCAGAGAGCGGCGGCGAGAAAACCUCGUCUCACCCAGCGACAGGAACUACACUAUCAAUAGAGUGGCAGACAUCUUAAUCGCUCAGUUCUCAGGUGAAAUAGGAGAGAGGAUGAAGAACUGCUAUGGAGAUUUCUGCAGCCAUCACACUGAAGCUGUCAGCUUGUACAAAGAGAUGCUGCAAAACAAUAGAAGGUUUCAGAACCUCAUAAGGAAAAUCAGCAACUUAUCCAUUGUACGGAGGUUAGGAGUGACGGAGUGUAUUUUGCUGGUAACGCAGAGGAUUACCAAGUACCCGGUCCUGGUGGAGCGCAUCCUUCACAACACUGAAGCGAACACAGAGGAGCACCAAGAUCUGACUCGGGCUCUGAGUCUGAUCAAAGACACCAUCAAAGAGGUGGACACCCUGGUAAACCUGCAUGAGAAGGAGUCUCGACUCCGAGAUAUUCACAGCAAGAUGGAGCCGAAGACGCAGGGAAAGAUAAAGGAUGACCGGGUGUUUCGUAGGGAGGACCUGGCUCAGGGCAGGAGGUGGCUGCUGCAUGAGGGAACCGUCAGCUGGAAAGCUGCCUCUGGCAGACUCAAAGAUAUCCUGGCUGUUCUGCUGUCAGAUGUGCUGCUUUUACUUCAAGAGAAGGAUCAGAGAUACGUUUUUGCCACAGUAGAUAACAAGCCUUCAGUGAUUUCUCUCCAAAAGCUGAUAGUCAGGGAGGUGGCCCAUGAGGAGAAGGCCAUGUUUCUCAUUUGCGCCUCCUCAAACGAGCCAGAGAUGUACGAGAUCCACACCGCCUCCAAAGAGGAGCGAAACUCUUGGAUGACAUACAUACGGCAAGCAGUCGAGAGCUGCCCUCACUCAGAGGAGAGGCUGUUCAGCGAGGAAGAGGAAGCUCGAGCUGCAAGGCUUCGAGAAUUUCAAGAGCGUCUGAGCCAGAGGGAUGCAGUGAUUGCUCAGGCUCUCACGGAGAAACUGCAGCUGUUCGCAGAGAUGGCAGAGUCCGUGGCCGGUCUGGAGGACACGGCUUCUCGCUCAAAGCUGCUGCUCCGGAGCGACGCCUCGGACCUCCAGCAGGGGGAGGUGCUGCUCAAAGGAGCCAUCACUGAAGUGGAGAAUCUGCAGAACUUGUUGCAGGCUGGCGUGAAGGAAGAGGCUCAGGCAACACAGACGGAGGACGGGAGCAGUUCUGGGGUUCUGCCCAGGAGAGCGGGGACUUUUGGAGGCUAUGACAGCAGUCCGGUCAUCCUCUCUAAGAAUGGCAGCGUGAAGAAGAGCUUCUCUGGCGAGUCCAGGAACAGAGACAGGAGCCAAAGAGCCAGCUCCGACCCUCAGCUCAAAGGCCUCCGUGGAAGCCACACCCUGGAACAGACGGUGGAUCAGAGCUGCUCCUCUCCUCCGAGUUGGAACCGGAUCUGGUCCAACUCUUUCCCCGAAGCUGAGUUCUUUGACAAAGUGUUGAUGCUCUCCCAGAGACUUUAUAGCCUGCAGGCCAUUGUAUCGCAGCAGGACAGUCAGAUUGAGCUGCAGAAGGCCUCGCUAACAGAGCGGGUGUCUCUGCCUGGGCGCAACAAAGGAAACGGGCUCUUGGAGCAGGAGAAACAGCGGACUUUAGCCUUGCAGAGAGAGGAGCUGGCCUACCUGAACAAGCUUCAGUCUCAGCACAGGCAGGAGCAGCAGCGCUGGGAGAAAGAACGGGAGCGGCACCGGCAGCAAGUGGAGGCAACUGAGGCCAGGCUACAACAAAGAGAGGAGGAGUGCAGAAAACUAGAGGAGCAACUGGCUAAGGAGAAGGAGGAAUUGGACAGGCAGAGGGAGACGUAUCAGAAGGACUUGGAGAGACUGCGGGAGUCCACUAGAGCUGUGGAAAAGGAAAAGGAGCGACUGGAGUCCCAGAAGAAGAUGAAAAGGAAAACAAUUGAGAGUGUUUACAAAGCACGCGCCCGCACACACACAACUAGCCAGCAGGAUGUUUCUCAUCAGCUGAAUCAAACCACAAAUGUGGCUCCGAUGUCUGGCAGUCUGAAUGGGGAUCUCAUCUCAUCCUCCGGUCUCAGCAGCUCCACCGGUGUCGCCGAGUUGCCCCACUCCCAGAAGCCCCUGGUGCGGGGAAGCCUCUCGGUGGCACAGGCCGACUACCCCGAGCGGCCCGAGAUCAUGCUCCGGCGGGACACCAGCUCCUCGACACUUCCUCUCCCGCAGAAGACGGAGGUGCCGCUGCACCUCUUCAGCACCACCAACCAGCAGCACAAACCGGUCGGGGUGCAGCAGCAGAUCCCCACCAAACUGGCAGCGAUCAACAGCGGCAAAGGGAAAGGGAGCAAAAGUGGAAAAGCGUCACAUCGCACCGACAGCUCUGCCUCGGUGGACAUGAAGCAGAUGCUCCCCCUGAAACUGUCUGCUAGAGACGACAACGUCCUGAAGGAAAAACGCUCCUUCAGCCCCCAUCAGCAGCCCCUCCAGUCUCACUCCCUGCUUCACCACUCAGAUCAGCUGAGUCCAGAGCAGACUGGAUUAGACGCACAGCCCACCUCCUCCACCAGCUCCACCCAGAAGCCCCCCAUGCAGGGCGUGCAGCCCCAUCCUCCCGCCUCCGUUCACCACCUCCACUCCCAGAGCGCCGACUCCCUCCCGUUCCAGCCCCACCUGCAGCCGCACAGCCUCAGCCAAAUCGCACAGGCCAACGCCUCGCUGAACGUUCAUGGCCUCAGCGUGACGCCGCCCUACAACCUCCCUGCUGAGGACCUCAACAAGGAGGAUGUCAUAUUUUUUUAAAGCUCCAGCUGCCCCAUGAGUAAUCACUGACCCCCAGUCUGACCACAACUUAUUGCCGAGGCUCGCGUGGAGAAAUGUCCCCAACUUUUUAUUUGAUAGCGUUUUGCUAAUUCACAUUUUUAUCCAAGCUGCCUCUAAUAUUUUAUUUAAUUUUUAGGUAUAUAUACUUACAAGUAUGGGGUACAAAGGUGUCCUCAAACAAAUGAGUCCAGCGUUGAUUUAUUAUUAUUUUAAUUAAGUAUUUUUAAUCCAAAGACACAAAACACAUUUCUGAACAGGAUCUGACUGAAAGGAGAACGGUGAAGGAUCGUUUUUAUUUUUAUCUAAAAGAAGUUCGGUUUGUUCAAGUUUCAGUUUGUGAGAAGCAAAACGUUCAGUGAAGGAUAUUUACCGCUUUCUCCUGCUGGUCCUGGACCAUCAUGAAGCUUUUCCUCAGAAGUGAUCAAAAAAACUCUGCUUGAAGUUUCAUCUGCACACUGUAAAAAAAACAAAGCAAAACAAAAAAAAAAACUCCUUUCCAAAAUAAUGAAGGAACAUUUCCUGAGGAAUACGUUGUAAAAAGUUGAUUGUACAGCUUCUAUGAUUGUAAAGCUUUAUUGCAUUUUUUGGUACUUGUCUUAAAUGUGCUUCUUUCAAAAAAAAAAAAAGAAAAUGUUGUAACAACACCACCAGUCUUGUUGCUGGUUUAGAAAGUUAACCAACCUUUUAUUUCAGCAAAAGGAGGGCUUGUUUUUUUAGUAAUAUGUGUAAAAAUAUUAAGUGAGACUCAAAGGACACACUUUCCUUAGAAGAGUUGGAGAGUUUUUUCUUUGUUUUCAUAACGCUAAUCUGCCAAUCUUGUUUGGUCAAAAUGACUUCCAGAAUUGUGCUUGUAUAAGUGGCAAAAUAGCAAAACAAAUUUGAAAUUUCCCUUUACUUUGUUUCACAGAGGAUGAAGAAAGUAAAAAGUAAAGAAACGGUUCGGUUAAAAGACGUUCUGUUCCCAGUUAUUUUCGACGUGUUGCAGGUAAAGACUGAGUCUGUUUGUUGAGUUCGCUGUGAGCUGUGUCUGCAUGCUGGACUUUAAAAACAAACUUCAGAAUCAGAGGAUGAGCCAUCAGACGGUUCCCUUCAUAGUACAGAUGCUCUGAUCGUGAGUUGGAGGCUAAUUUCCAAUCUGAUUUUUUUUUUUUAAAGCUUGAUGUGCUCAUAUUGUUUAUCUCUACUCAGAUUUCAAGAGGAAUAUCUUUUUCUGGCUUUUUGACAUAAAGGAAGCAGAUUUAAUGUUGAUGUAAAACAAGAUUUUUCUGUUUCAGACAAAAUGAUCAUGGAGUUUACAUUUUAAACAAUCUUAUCAUUCUAUAUUAUAGGUUAUUAUGCAUCUCUAGGUAUUUAGGUCCUUCCAUUAGUUAAAAUUUCUGAAAGGCUGCCAACAUUAAUCCAACCUUUAACAGCCAACCUGGUUAAAAGCUCAAAAGCAUAAAAUACACUUCCUUGAGCCCUAUGAUUCUUCUACCGUAGGCAUGUCUGAACAUGUUUUCUUUUGACUAGCCUCUCUGUGCUUCCUCUGAUUCAUUUUUAAUCACCUAAGUGGGACCAAAACUCAGUCGUCUUCACUCGUUAGCUGCGUUCACACUGAAGUGUUGUCGUCAAGACAACCUGGUCGCUUUUCAUGCGUGAAGUUUUCUGCUGGUUGGAAACUCAAACAUCAAACUGAUCACUGGUUAAGGCAGAUCACCAGCCCGCUGCUGGGUGCAUCUCUAUUCUGGAGUGCGUUUGGAGAACUCAUUUUAAAAGAAGAAAUAGCAAUGGCUGCCUAAGUUUUAGGAGUUUCUCCUCCCUCAUUACUCGUGUAAAUCGAAACCAGAGCAGUAAAAGGAGACCUAAAGUUUGUAUUUUGCAGCUGACUAUCAAUUUCAAAGUUAAUGCACGAAACUGUUUUGAGUUUGUUUCACUGGACUCUGUUUCACGUUUGAUAGUAUUUCAUUUGAAGGAUUGUGAAUGUUAAAAGAUGUACAAAUGUCUUGAGGAGAAAAUGUGGAGCUUUCCAUUUUUCUUUUUUUUUUUUUUUUUUACUCUUCGCAGACAGAGACCAAGCUCAGUAGGGUGACCCGGAGCGGCUUAUUUUAUAUCCUGUAUAUUUUUGUACAUAGUUUAUGUGACCUACAGCAUUAGCUGCCCUCCUGUUGCUUCAUUUGUUCAUUUGUCGUGAAUCAGGUUGUGAAAAUCCAGCGGAAGUCUGUUUCUGUGUACACUUUACACACACCCACGCACAGGCUUCUGUGUAUGCUCAGUACGGUACACCUGUGGACGCUCUCGUCUGUCGAUAAAACCAUAAUCACAUGUUGCUGUAAUUUAACUGAAAUUGAAGGCAUUUUAUUUUUCUCUCCUCACUUGUUUUUGUUGUCCGAACUAAACUCGAUGUCCGCUGCCUGUUGGCUCUCUGGUACGACUUAUGAUUGAGGUUUCACCAAGAUUAUGCAUCAGUUAAAAAUAUAAUUGUCUGCUCUUUUUUUGUUUUUUUUAGUGGUUUGAACCAAAGACACAUGCGGCUGCCUCUGUUCCUCUCUGUGCACACGCACAGAGGAUUGAAGACACCGUGCUCGUUCUGUGGUUAUCCACAAGGUUUAUUUACUUGCCUAUAAAAGAAAAUUCUUCAGGGAGUGUCCGUAGCAAUUGUUUACAACAUCUUGUAGUCCAGCUCACAUCCUGCAUUGGGUCUGUUUUUUGGAAAGCGUACGCUUCCUCUACAGAUCACUCCUCAUCUACACUGUAGACAUGAUGAUGAUGAUGAUGAACCAGUUGAAUGUCGGUGGGAUCAGUAGGCAUGGGUUGGCAUGCUUUAUGUUUUAAGGUUUAAUUUCUGGUAUUUAAAACAGAAGUGCAACAGCUGUUUCUGUUGUUGCUACAAUAAUCUAGAACAUUUACUGGCUUUAUAAGCAACAUAUUGGACAGGAGUUGCAACUUGCACCUCCACAGUCAACAGUGGCUCUUUAGUCCUUCCAUAAUGGCUAAAACAGUGCAGAACCAUAUUUUUAAUAUAGAUAUGAAAAAUGCAGAUUUUAACAAGUUUUAAGUAGUUUUUUUUCCAUGGAAUAAAUUCUUCAUUGAAUUUCCACAACAAAUAUUUAUUAUUUACUCAUCAUUAUGGUGGAAACGGUUUUGUUUUUAUUUGCCUCAUUUUUUUUUUUUUUACAAACAUCAACAUGCCACCUAAGAAAAUAUAUCAAUCCAAUUUUUGUAAAUGUUUUAAAGUUUUUCUUUGUUUUCAAACCUAAAGCCAGAAACAAGAUGGUGGUUCUUUAAAAAUGACCACUAAUUUUCUUAUAGCAGAUAUUUAAAAAUUAAGUUGUCCUUUCACCAAAGGUUCUGAGACAUUUGCGACCCUAGAGUUUUAUAUAGCUGGCUGAAGGGCAUAAACGACUCCUUAGUGUGUAAAGGUUGCAGACCUCUGAUAUAGAACAAUCACCAUAUUGGUUUCCAAAUGCAAAUUACAUUCAAAUACUACAAAUUACUCCUCUUUAUAGAGUAAAACAAACAUUACCAGCUGAAAUUGGCUGCUUAGUCAGGCUAUCUGCUCAGGUAGCCAGUCUGCUUGUAGCUUCACAACUGUAGUUUAAAACAGCAUUACCGUAAUAAGUGAUAGGUGGCGCUCAGUUUCCAUCCAGGCCUGUUAGUGACGGGGCUGCUCUUUACAGCUUGAGAAAACACCAUCACUCCAGCACUUUUUCUGGAAUCUCAUUGAAAGGAUUUUAAGGUACGACGUCAAAUUGUAGCUUCUUUUUUUUUUAAAGCCUAACUUUAUAUAGCAGCGAUAGCAGAAACCUGCCCAUGCCUUGUGCCCGGAACUCUGGCUUUGACCUAAACUAUAAUGCGGCAUGCUGUUAGUAGAUGUUUGCCUAUAGACGUUUCAUGUAGUCGCUCACUCCAGGCUACGGUCAUAACUCUGCAGCAGAUGGAAGAACUUGUGUAAGAGCACUUUAGCUUUGCUCCAGAGUUUUGCGUCAAUCCUCAGCAGGUUCCACUGUUCUGAUCAAAUGAAGUCUUAAACGUUGCAGCGCUGCACUCGGACGCUUGGUGUACUUGAUUGUUGUAUAUUUCAGAAUGUGGUCAGUCGUGCCACUGUGUGUACAUGUGUGUUUUUGUCUCUGUGUGUGUGCUACAAAGCAGAAGAAGCAUUUUAUGCACACUUGUUGGACCUGUAAUAUGUAAAUAAACACGCAAAAAUAUUUUAUUUCCUCUGCCAAUUUUACACUAGUCACUUUGGAUAGUAGCAUACUUGAAGAGGAAAACAAAUGAUUAUAAUGUCUGUUUUAUGUAAACUUGUUUGUACCGACACUUAUGACAUCCGUAGCACACGGCUAAAAAAACAGAUUUUUGUACUUUUCUUUUUUUUCUUUAUCUUAUUCACUGCGCCACAUUAGAGCACAAACCGCUGCCUUAGAGAGACCUAGUAAUAAAAAUCUCAAAAUGA